UCAGCUCUGUCCACUUCGCCUACACCAAAACCCACCCUUGUCAAGGCAGAUCACGAGCUAGCUAACUUAGCGCAGGAAAUAGCUAAGCACACCAGCUCGCUCGCAAGCACGCUCCCACGCCGACCGGCAAGAUGGUGAAGCAUGUGCAGGACGAGGAGAACCAGAGGCUGCUCCUCGACGACCACAAGGAGAAGCACUUCACCUCCGGCGAGGUGGUCCGGGACAUCAUCAUCGGCGUCUCCGACGGCCUCACCGUGCCCUUCGCCCUCGCCGCCGGCCUGUCCGGCGCCAACGCGUCCUCCUCGCUCGUGCUCACCGCCGGGCUCGCCGAGGUCGCCGCCGGCGCCAUCUCCAUGGGGCUCGGAGGGUACCUCGCCGCUAAGAGCGACGCCGACCACUACUACCGGGAGCUGCAGCGCGAGCAGGACGAGAUCGACACCGUCCCGGACACAGAGGCCGCAGAGAUCGGAGACAUACUCUCUGAGUACGGGCUGGGCCCCGAGGAGUACGGGCCGGUCGUCACCUCCCUCCGCAACAACCCAAAGGCCUGGCUCGAGUUCAUGAUGAAGUUCGAGCUGGGGCUGGAGAAGCCGGACCCGCGGCGCGCGCUGACGAGCGCGGCGACGAUCGCGCUGGCCUACGUCGUCGGCGGCAUGGUGCCGCUCUCCCCCUACAUGUUCGUGGCGUCGGUCGACAGCGCCAUGAUGACCUCCGUCGUGGUCACCCUCGCCGCGCUGCUCUUCUUCGGCUACGUCAAGGGCCGCUUCACCGGGAACCGCCCGUUCCUCAGCGCCAUCCAGACCGCCAUCAUCGGCGCGCUCGCCUCCUCCGCCGCCUACGGCAUGGCCAAGGCCGUGCAGGCCAUCUGAUCGAGCUCGAGCCGCGCCGCGCCGCGCCCGGGGGACGGCUAAGUAUCAAGAAAAAUAAGUACAGCAAGCUACCUGCCUGUGUAUGUAUGAUGAAGUGCUGCCGUAGUCGAGUGGUAGCUGUACGUGCAGACUCUAGCGUUCGAUCUGGUAAGUGUACUGGUGGCCCAAGUGUACUGAUGUGCACCGUUCGUUUUGUUUUCUGUUUGUGUACCGGUAGCCCAAAGUGUACUACAGCAUGUCAGUAGUGUAUUUGGGUGUACUUGUUUUUUCUUGCCAUCUGUCGCGUUAGGUAAGCAUACUAUUUGUAAGGCAAGUUGCGUUAUUUAGACGGUGGUAAUGUGAUGGGCUUUGAAUCA